AUGGCACUGCUGGGCAAGGUCACCGCCACCACCUUCGCGCUGGAGAGGCCCUGCUGCGUCUUCGACGGCCAUGCUGAAGCCUCCGACGCCGUCUGGCUGGUGGUGGCCUUUGCCAACGCAUCAGCCACUUUCCGAAACCCCCCAUCCCGGGCGGACGUGCCCCUGUACCAUCAGCUGCCCACUGCCCACUCCUACAUGACUCUGGAGACGGCGGCGGCGGCGUUUUCCUGCGGGGCAGCGAGCCCGGCCGUGCUGCGGGUCGGGAGCGACACGGCGUGCGGGGAGCAGGCCAGAGAGGACCCCUGCAAUGGGCCCCUGCCCUCCCCGGGACCCUACAGGGUGAAGUUCCUGCUGAUGGGCUGCAGCGGCCCCAAAGCGGAGACGCGGUGGUCGGAGCCCAUCCUCCUGCGCACAGCCGUCAGCCCGAGCACCAUCGAGCCCGUGCCCACUCGCCCUGGCAGUGCCGUGGUGGUCAUCACCUCCAUCCUGGCCAGCCUGGGGGCCGUGCUGGCCACCGCCGUGCUCGGAGCCCUGGGUGCCAAGGUGUGGGGCUCCGUGUGCCACCGGGGCUUGGGGACCGACUCCUUCAUCCGCAGAUCCUACCGGACCCACCACAUCCCCCCGGGCCUGCCCCAGCCCCUGCCCCCCGGCUGCGGGUCUGUCUCCUCCUGGUCUUUGGCCAUGCAGGGCAGGGCUGGGCAGGUGGGCGACCUCAAAACCCACGAGGCCCUGGUUUGA